AUGCACAAAAAAAAGAGAUUUCAGAGUACACAACUACAUACAAAUGACCUUGAGCUAUUACAGCCAGCUAAGGAAAAGCAAAAUUGUACUGUAGCAGAUGAAACACAUGAAAUGAAAAUGGCAAAUGUGAUUCAGUCUUUCCAUGAUAGCAUUAACUGUGGCCCUGAAUAUAUAUGUACAUGCUGUGAUCAGUUGUGGUAUCGAUCAUCGGUUACAAAGUGUGAUGCUAAUAAAUACACAAAGUGCACCAAAAAUCUACUUGAUGCAUGUAUAACUGGUAAAACUAGGGUAGACAAAACUGAAUGGGUUUGCUCAACCUGCCAUUCAAACCUAAGUGAUGGAAAGUUACCAGUCUGUCCUAAGGCUAACAAAAUGGGAUUUCCUGUGAAACCAGAAUGCUUAAACUUGACACCUUUAGAAGAAAGAUUAAUAUCCCCACGUAUCCCGCUUAUGCAAAUAUGUGAACUCCCUUGA